GCGGUUCCGGGAGCAGGUGGAUUCACUUCCGGCACCGGGCAGCUGUACUAUGGCUGCCCUCCUCCGAGCUGUGGCGCGGUCGCCAGGGCCAGCCGCGUGGGGCAGGCCGCUCCACCGGCUGUGCUGCUACGGUGGUCAGGAUCCCAGGAGGGGGUUGGGAAGCGGGACGCCCCCCUCCAAGGAGAAGCCACCGGGCCCAGAGGCGGAGAAGUUUCAGAUGGUGUACCGGUUCGACGCCAUCAAGGCCUUCGGGUACCUGUCUCGGCUGAAGGUGACACAGACGGCCCUGACGGUGGCCGCCCUGCCGCCGGGCCUCUACUGCUAUUCCCAGGGCCUCAUGCCCUUCAGCUCCUUGUGCCUGGCGGGCGGGGUCGCCGGCUUCGCCCUGGCCAUGUUGUACUGGAUGAGCCAUUUCUUCCGGAGGCUGGUGGGCAUCCUGUACGUGAACGAGGCGGGCACUGUGCUGCGGGUGGCCCACCUGACCUUCUGGGGCCGGCGACAGGACACCUACUGCCCCGUGGCCGACGUGAUCCCCAUGACGGAGAGCCGGGAUCGGCCCCAAGAGCUGUUCGUGCGGAUCCAGCAGUACAGCGGGAAACAGACCUUCUACCUCACCCUGCGCUACGGGCGCAUCCUGGACCAAGACCGGUUUACGCAGGUGUUCGGGAUGCUGGACGCGCUCAAGUGAAUGGCCUGGCGCCCAAGUGAAUGGCCUGGCGCCCAAGUGGAUGCCGGGAGCCCAAGUGGAUGCCGGGAGCCGAGCCUCCAGUGGGGAGGCAAAGGGUGUGGGCGGGGCUGAAGGACCGGGUGAGAAAACUCACAAGGUAGACAUUAGUAACCGGGUUUAGAAGAGGCCCCGAGUGCCGAUUCUUCCCUGCACUUGCGUGUGGCAUCGAGAUAAUGGCCAGAAGUUUCUGGUAGGUUCUCGGAGGAAGCAAUGACAGGUUUGCUCAAACCGUCCUCCGAUGUGAAAUCGGACAGGUGUGGGGGACUUGGGUUCUGUCCGUUCUCAAAGCCCGCGCCUGGGCCAGGUUAUGAAGUCUCUCAGAACCUUAGUUUUCACGUCUAUAAAGUGGAAAAAAUCCUCCUGGUCUCCUGGGAUGGUUGGGUGUCACUGCUAAUGCAGAGCUGGUGGCUCGUUGAAGGGAUCCCAGACUACGGGGAGGGAUUUCGCUCUCCCUGUACCCAGCGGCCGCAGGGGUUGAUCAUUUAAAAUAGCCAUAAGGGAAAAACCUUGUUAACUGCGAGAUGCUAGUUGUUAACUUACUGUAAUUUUACUAUAUAUAUAUAUAAAUAAUUAUAUUGUAUAUGUUAAACUAAUACAAUGAUAUAUGCCAAUUAGAUCUCAAAAUUAGAAAAAAAUGGGGAGUAUACCUUACAAAUACAUAAAAACAAAAGUCCCAGAUUAUUUGAUUCUUUUAAAUACUAUUUAUGCAAAAAAAAAAAAAAUCAGUAAUUGCAAAAUAUUCCACUGAGUGAAUGUAGCUGGUCCUUUAAAUGAUUUCCAUUUUUCAUUGCUGUAAAGAAUGUGAUAAAGAUCAAAUAUUUGGAGAGGUUUCCUUCCUCUGUGUAGACUGAAAAAUGGCAUUUUGAGAAAGAUGACGAUAACAUGAAACACGUUUUUUUUCAUGUGCGUGCUCAGUCGAGUCCCACUCUUUGUGACCCCACGGGCUGUAACCCACUAGGCUCCUCUGUCCAUGGGAUUUUCCAGGCAAGAAUACUGGAAUGGGUUGCCAUUUCCUCCUCCAGGGGAUCUUCCUGACCCAGGGAUAGAACCUGGGUCAUCUGCAUUAGCAGGUAGAUUCUUUACCAUUGCACCAAGUUAGAUCUUCUUAAUCUACUUCAUUUCACAAAAGCAAGUAAAGCAUGUAAUUCAAGAUGGUUUGGGGUUUCUCUGGUGCCCCAGUGGUGGAGUCCGCCUGCCAGGGCAGAAGAUUCAGGCUCGAUUUGAUUCCUGGUCCAGGAAGAUUGCACAUGCUGUGUAGCCUCUGGGCCCAUGCGCCACAGCUGCUGAACUUGUGCUCCGGAGCCUGGGAACCACAACUACCAAAGCCCGCGUGUCCUGGUGCACCUGCUCUGCAAUAAGGGAAACCACCACAGUGAGAAGCACAGCUGGAGAGCAACCCCCACUCUCUGCAACUAGAGAAAAGCCUGAACAGCAUUGAAGACUCAGCAUGGCCAGAAAAAAAAAAAUAAUAAUAAAAAAAACCACAGUUUGUUACCGCAGGCUUCCAAGUCAGCUAGGUAUAAGGCAUCAUAUGUAGUUCAGAAAAGGAGGGGAUUUGGGGCCUUUGUGGGGCUGACAGUGUCGGUGGGGAGGGAGGACAGAUGCUAAGUGUGUGUGUGGUAGAGAUGGGGAAAUGUGCAAGGCAAGAGAAGAGUGGGGUGGUCCAAAGCAGAACAGCAGCAGGGGGUGAGUGGGGGACUGAGGUGCAGAUGGCCUGGGGCCUGGACCUUGAAGGGCACCCCAGGUGUGAGGAGGCAGGCCGCAGGAGCAGCAAGACUGGCCUUCUGCCCUGGACAGGAGCAGGAUGGGUACCCUUGCUCAGGGAGGACCCUGAUUUGGAUCCACAUCACUGUGGGGAAGCUUUGAUGGUCAGAGAAAAAGGGGAGAACUGUGAAAGCUUGGGAACACUUAAGAACAAGAGGAAGUGGCUUUAAUUUGUAUUUAUCUUUAGUUAAUGAUGCAAGUGAUAGGACUAGGCUUAUCAUGGAUUUGUUGUUUCCUGUUAAUAUUCUCCCUAGGUAUCUACAUAGAAGUCUCUCCUUUUCCAGUUUCGUCCUCUGUGUUAAUUUCUGCCAGUCGGAGGCCAUGGUCUGCGGGGGUUGUGGCUGUGACUGUGUGUCUCAGAUAACCUGACUGCUCUUACCUCUACCAGCCCCACCACCCUGAUCCAAGCUGCCCUUGUAGCCUCUGGAUUAUUGCAGCCUGCUGCUUCCAUCCUUACCCUGAUAGAGCCUGUUCUCACAGCAGCCAAAGUGAUCCUUUGAAAAAAGAGGAUUGCAUCACUUCUAUAGAAGCUGAAAUUCUUACUGGGGUCUAUAGGUCCCGCCUGGAGCAUGGCCUGGCCCCUUCCCCCAGCUUCCUUGCCUCAUCCACAGUUCUGUACUGAUCACGUCACUUGGCUGUAUUUCCCUUACUCCUCCUCCAAUAGUCAAGCACCCUCCAGCCUCAGGGCCUUUGUAUUGACACAGUUCCUCUGCCUGGAAGCCUCUCUCCCCAGAUAUCUACAUAAAAGUCUCUCCUUUUCCAGUUUCUUGCUCUGCAUUUACCCUCAAGAAGUUAUCAUAUGGAGACUUCCCUGGUGGUCCAGUGGUUAAGACUUUGCCUUCCAAUGCAAGGGCGUGGGUUUGAUCCCUGGUUGGGGAACUAAGAUCCCACAAGCCUUGCAGCCAAAAAGCCAAAACAAACAAAAAACAGAAGCAAUAUUGGAACAAAUUUAAUAAAGACAAAAAAAAUGGCCCACAUCAAAAAAAGUCUUUAAAAAAAGUUUAUAGUGAGGAUUCAGUUAUACAGAAGACUUGAUUAUAUAAUUAUCUAGAACAGUUGGUGCCUGUCUCUACCUUUCCCUCACCUGCUCAUCAAGUGCCUUCAAUACCUGUGAGCCUCUUUUCUCAAGGCUGUGCCAUUUGAUAGUCUGUUCCUAUAAAAUGUCUUAAGGAUUAAUGGUUUGACUUUGACUUAUUAAAACCCAAAAUGAACUCAAAUAGGCCUCUUGGGAUACGUGUAAGCACUUCCCUGAGCAAGCUUCAGCCCUGGAGUUUCUGAUUAUAUCCAGGGUUGGGUCCCCAGAGUCUUUUUGUCAAGCUUGAGGCUAAUUCUGCAAUGCAGCCAGGCUGGGAAUUUCUGAAAUAGAUGGCCAGGAUGGGAAGCACCAGACUAACAUGCCUCUGUGGAUUUUGUUUCCCUUGGCCAUUUCCCGCCCCCCCGCCCCCGCCCCGCCCCCGCUAAAGAAUAGGUUCUCAGCCCAGGCUCCAUGUGGAGAGUCACCUGGAGACCUUUAAAAAAAAACACCAUUGCCGAGUAUUCUUGCCUGGAAAAUCCUGUGGACAGGGGAGCCUGGUGGGUUACAGGUCAUGGGGUUGCAAAGAACUGGACAUGACUGAGCAGGCCCGCAGGCCCAGGCCCAUGCCCAGCUUCCUUAGGUGAUGGUGAUUCCCAUUCUCAUCUAGGUUGACAGUCACAGCCCAGAAGUGUCAGCACAGUGGGAGAUGAGAGCCCAGAUUCUCACCAGUUUUGGCAGGAAGAGCCACCUCUACCCACUCUAGUAUUUUUGGGCUUUCCUUGUGGCUCAGCUGGUAAAGAAUCCACCUGCAAUGCGGGAGACCUGGGUUCAAUCCCUGGGUUGGCCCAGUCCCUGGAGAAGGGAAAGGCUACCCACUCCAGUAUUCUGGCCUGGAGAAUUCCAUGGACUGCAUAGUUGCAAAGAUUUGGACACUACCGAGCUUUCACUUCAGUCCACUUCCAGGAUGUGUGGUUUGCUCACACAGUACCAGCAGAGGGCGCACAGAGCAAAUGCAUCAUUCCACCCCUUCAUUUCCCACCGCCCCCCACCCUAGCCCCCCACCAUCCCGGAUCACCGUGUGGCAACAGAAAUGGAUUAGGCCCUCUGCAGUGCACCAGCAGGGCAGUACCUAGGAGCUGUCCCAGUGCCCCAGAUUAACAACAACAAAAUGAUUAUGGGGUGAGAUGGGGUGACCUGUAGCAUGUCUGUUUUCACAUGGUAGUUGCUAUGGACUGAAUGUUUAUGUCCCCUCCUAAAAAUUCAUAUAUUGAAACCAUAGCCCCCGCUCCGUGUGAUGGCGUUUGGAGGUGGGGCCUCUAGGAGGUGAUUCUUGUUAGAUGAGGUCAUGAGGGUGGGGCCCUCAUGAUGGAAUCAGUGCCCUGUGAGGACAGGUAGGAAGAGACCCUCACCAAGGACCCACCCAUGAACUUCCAGCCUCCAGACUUGUGAGAAAUAAAUGUUGGCUGUUUAUGCU